AUGCCAAUAUCUCAGAGACUAGGAGAGAAGAAGAGGUAUCACUAUAGUGGUAAUAGCAGGAAUUCUUCGUAUUCGCGAGGUGGUCAUCACUCGCACAACCCUACACAGUACCAUCAUACAGGUCCUACGCCGAAUCAGACAGUAUCGACAUCGCAUGGAAGCCCGUCUAUUUCACAAGGUACAGAUUCAAGGCCUUCUCGGUAUGAUCCUAAAGUUUCUUUGAAUAACAAGUCUUUUUCGCCGAGAACUGGUAGUCGAUAUAAUCCAGACCCUUCGACCUCUAGCCCACUUAAGAAAAAUGCACCCGACCUAAUAUCCAGGUACUCGGGGACCUCGUCAUUAUCUCAUAGCAGAUACAACCCCCAGGUGGGUCCACCUCCUUUAACAGCGCCCACAGCGACAACUGGACCGUAUCAGGGAUAUAAUAGUUAUGGAAACCAAUACAGUUCUGUAAACAGACACAAACCAAGGACUUUGGAUACAACGGACCUCCAUGAUAAUACUUUGGGUUCAAACGGCUAUGCUAGUAAUUCUGGAAAAUGGCGAGAUUCAAAUAUGUUAUCUUCUUCUUCGUCCUCAUCUAAUAUGACCAAUCAGCAGUUGGAUUACGACGCCGGAAAUUCAGCAGCACCUUUAUCAGCUUCACAACACUAUCGGAGAUCGAAUAGUGCAGGAAAUAGUACUCCAAAGUACUACCGAAAUAUUAACUAUGGAACUAAAUAUGGAUAUAAGCCGAAACAUAAUGGAAAUGACGGUAUUGAUGAUAGAUAUGAGAUGCCUAAAUCGAAAAAGAACUUUGAUAACCAACACUCUCUCGGGUCCAGUUUAAUAAAUUCUGUUCCGAUGACUACUAAAAAGAUUGGGAAAAGGGUUGCUAAUGCCCAUAAACGGAUUGAUUUAAAAUUAGAAGAAAAUGUUUGUCUUGAUGACAGUGAGAAUGAAUCAAUAAAAUCAGUUGAAAAUCAAAGCAUUUAUUAUGGUAAUAUGAAAACGCAUAUAGAUGCUGAACUGACUGAUGAACAAUAUAUGGAAUCACGGGAAGAAGAAAGAUAUAAGAAGAAGCGGGAAAAUGAUGGAAUGGGGCAACUUAAAGUUGCAGAUAUCAGAGAUCAAGAUGGGGGUAAGGAUAAGGACGACGAAGAUCAUGAUGACGAAGAAGAUGAGAAAGAAGAGGAAGAUGAAGAUGAAGAAGAGCAUGGCGAUGAGAUGGAUACUGAUGAUAUCAAUCACAGGUCAACUAGGUUUCCUACCACUGUUGAGGAACUAGCAUUUGAAAUGCAAAAGGAUUCUAUGUUAUACAGUGAUUACACAGACCCCCUUGCCCAAAGACCUCACGUCCCAAAGUCAUUACCUGAGUCAUUGCCAUAUCCUGAGCCACUUAACCCCGUUGAAGGUUGUAUCUUCCCGAUGCUUGAACCUGAAAUGAAGUUGUGGCUUUUAAAGAACCGACCACGGAAGGAAAGGAUUUCGAAACAGACAUACUUAUUAAAAGUUCCAAUCAAGGAACUUUCAGAAUAUCCAUUUAUGUCUCAGAAUAUCUUAAUCCAUAAACAGGCUAUUCGUCCAAUUUUAUUGUCUGCAAUUUCUAAGUUGAAACAUUAUGAAUUUUUAAGGACUAUACAGUUGAAAAAAAAAUUCCUAGAAUUGCAAGAUGACUGGACUUCUAAAUGUGACAGAAUGGAUAAAAUGAGCGAGAGAAUUAGGAGACAAGAGAUCGAAGAAAAGAAACGUAUAGAAGAAGAGGAACGUAAACAUGAGGAAAAGCAGCGUGCGCUACAGGUACAACAGAGUCAAAGUGGUUUAUCGCGGCGCAGAAACAGGGCUGACUUUGUUGAUGACGCUGAGAUAGAAUCCGUUCUCCUGCAGAUAGAUCCAGAUUAUAAACACCAUCAACUUGCAGCAACUAUUCCGCCAAUGAUAAUCGAUCCUGUAAAAAAAUAUUCGAUAAAGUUUAAAGAUGUUAGUAAUUUGGUUACUGAUAAAGAUGCGUGGGCUUCAAGAGUUAUAACUGAUGCGAUUGAUACUUUUUCUGAUCAGGAACAUGAGCAGUUUGUGGAAGCUUAUUUAUCAUAUCCAAAGAGGUUUGGAAAAAUUUCCAACUAUAUGGGUGGUCUUAGGACUCCUGAAGAGUGUGCUUUGCACUAUUAUAAGACUAAGAAAGCGGUAAAGUAUAAGAAGUUGAUAAUGGAGAAGAAUAAGAAACGUAAGAGUAGCGUACCUCGUCGCCGUAAGGAGAAAGAAAGAGAAAAGGAAAGAUCGAAACAAAAACUAGGCAGCCCUGACACCGAUGUUGCAAUGGAUGAAAGAUCCAGAACAGAAGAGCCAGAAGUAGAAUUUGAAAAGACCAAAGUCGUCAUGGAACAAGUUGAAGUGAAAGUUAUGGAUGAAAAAGAUCGAAAAGAUCGAAAAGGUGGGAUGGAUCGCAAUGAGAAUGAUAUACCUUAUAUAGAUGUCAAGCCCACUAACUCUACAGCGCUUAAUGUCAUAGAUAAUGACAAUGCAACCGAAGAUGAAGAUGAAUACCCUCAUGCGCCUGCGAUUGAGGUUCAGGAUCCAGCUAUUGCUAAUAUGAAAACACCUAUAGUUGGUGAACAAGGUUCCCGAAAACGUACGAUUGAUGAGGUAAAAUUUGUUAAUACAGAGGGCUCUUAUCAACCGCAGUCUGGAGCAAAAGAAGUUUCAUUAGAAUUAACUCAGGAUCAUCAGCCAACCCAGGUAUCCUCAAAGUCAGAAUUUAAGGAUAUUCCAGGAGAUGAGGAAGAAGGAUCAUUUGGAAGCAUUAAAAAGAGACCCAAGAAUAUUGACAGCCAUCACAGGUCGAGUUACUGGAGUGUUAGAGAGAGUGACAUGUUUCCGAGCUUAUUAAAGGAAUAUGGCUCACAAUGGCAUUUAAUUUCUGACAAGUUAGGCACCAAGUCUACUACAAUGGUACGGAAUUAUUAUCAAAGAAAGGCUGAAGCAAAAGGAUGGCAACCAUUACUGGAGGAAGGAAAUUCAAACUAUGCUUCUCAAAAGGAAAUGAACGAGGCCGGGUCUCCUAUAACCAAUAUGAAUGAAAAUAAUUUAAAUGGAACUGAUGUCCCCCCACAACAAGCACCUGCUUUGGGAUACUUCAAUAUUGAUAAGCCAAUAUCACCUCCUGCUGUGCGCACACCAACAGUUAAAAGUGUCCAGGAUUCUUUUUCACAACAAACUACACCUAAACACGGAUUACCCUCCCAACAUCUGCCCUCAAUUCAGCUGCGUAAUCCAGUUCCUGAAAGGAAGGUUACUACCCAUCCACAGUUAACGUCGCUUACAACACAACCGGUACCGCAGAAACGGCUUCCCCAAAUACAAUCAAUGCCCCAGCAUUCAGUUCAUUUUUCAUCUGGUACACAGGUUCAUGAAACACAAGCGUCUGAUAUUAGUAGAAGAUCCUCAAUCAGAAGUUUAUUGAAUGAAAACAAUAGUGCAACAAUAUCAAGAAAAUCGUCGCCACCAGUUGUCGAUAAGAUUGAAACAACAGGAUCUAGCGUUAUAAUCCAAGAGUUGAAUGCCUCAACAUUUAGUAAGAGUUUCCAAAAAGGCAGCACUAGUAACAACCCCUAUGCAGUAGGCAACCCAAGUAGUACUUUUGGCUCAUCUACAAGCUCCUCAACCCAAGCUAGUGCCACUGUUCCCCCUCAUUCCCCAUGGUCCUCGAUUACUUCAAUCUUGAACCCAGCACAACAAACUACUUUACUAAAGGCACCAUUACAAAAGCAACCUUUACAAAGACAAAACUCUCCAACCGCUUUCAAUUUCAUCCCUUCAUUUACUCAAUCAACAGAGAGAGGCACCUUAAAUACGUCUCUCCCUCCAGUCCUUCCACUGGUCACUGCCAACUCUUCAACGGCCCGCCAGCAACACUCUGUCCCUUCUCCGCCCCAACGUCCACUACAACAACCAACAUUUAAUUUCGCAAAUGACCCUCUGGCUGCCUUAGCUGCUGUCGCUUCGGCUCCAGAAGCUCUCGGACUAAUCUCAAAUAGCACUAAUAAUACAUCUAGGAAUGGUAAUAGAGAUGGCUACCCUUCUUCCUCUCAGAAAUGA